AUGCUCUGUGGCCUGCCGUGCUCUGGCAAGUCUACAGUUUGUCGCUUGCUGGUUGAGGAGCUUCAGAGUCUGGCCAAAGCCCGUGGAAGAGCGGUCGACUGUAUCACUGUAGAGGAGUUUGCAGGGGCAGAUGUGCACUCGACUGACGGAUAUAAUCCUCGUGCUGUCGUCUUCUCCGAUUCACAUCGCGAACGGGAGAUGCGCAGCCGUCUUAAGUCGGACCUGACGAUACCUAGACAAGGCUAA